AUACAAGCGUCUAUCCUUUUUCUCGAUUUUGAUAACCACUGUGUGUAUUUCACUGCAGUCGUAUUGAGUUUUCCUAACGCUUGCGUUGGUAUCUCUGCAGCUGUUAUUGUCAAAUCUGUCAAAUGUGUCACGAAUAAAAUUUAAUGUAACAAUUAAUUGAUGUUCAGUAAACGAAUUGUUUAAUUAAUUAGUCGGAUAAUUAAAUAAAACAAAAUGGCGGGCGCUAAGCUUCAAGACGAUAUAAACAAUAUUCCAUUGGCUGACGAUGACCCUCAAGUAAUAAUCAACGACGAGCCCGAGCAGCAUUCUAUAUCUGACGGAAAUUCAUCUAGUAUGAUUCAUGGUAGAAGCAUGGAUUCAAUCCAAUCAACUUUUACUAAUGGAAGUUCCAGUCCUCAACAUAAUAGUUUAGAGCCCGAUACUAGUCCUGACGAGCAAGAAGAAAAAGCGCGUCUAAUAUCUCAAGUCUUGGAAUUACAAAAUACUCUUGAUGAUUUGUCUCAAAGAGUUGAUAGUGUUAAAGAAGAGAAUCUGAAAUUACGAUCUGAAAAUCAAGUUUUGGGUCAAUAUAUUGAGAAUUUAAUGUCUGCUUCUAGCGUUUUUCAAUCAACUUCUCCAAAGAUUAAGAAGAAGUGAGUAGGUUGUUUUAGUUUGUGGAGUCAAAAGUCGUGCUGAUUUAACAGGAAUUAGAUUUUAAAUGUUUCGUUGUGGAGUUCAUUAUUUUGAAGCAACUGCACAAUGCUUUCAUUCUACCAAACAAGCACCAAGCGUUUUAGUCUGUGAUUAUUUGUAAGUAUGUUACUUUUACACACUGAUCAUGAUCAAGCAAAUAAGCUAAGGUAUAAAGUAUAUGAAUGUUACAUGUAUAAUGUAUAAUAUACUAUUUAUAAAUUAUUCUAGUUAAUAUGCUUAAAUGAAUAGUUUUUGUCAUAAAUAAAGUGCUAAUUUAAA